AUGGACGCAACUAUCAUGAACCUACCCAACAUGGCGCCAGAGCGAGUCGUUGCUCUGACCAUUGACAUCGCCACCUUCCAACGGAUCCAAGCCACUGGUAUGAAUGCCAACGAUGAUCUAGAGAUGUGCAACCAGAUCGCAAUGAUCGACAUACGAAUGGCUAUGGUUGACGAGUCGAUCAAGGAGGCAGCGGAGAAGUUACAGGAUGUCGCAGGGUACCAAGUGCUCGUUAAUCUAAGAGAGCGUAAGACCAUACUGGAGAACCUGAUGGAGGCCUUGGACAAGAUGCGAAGCGACGUUGAAGGAGAAGUCAGUGAGCAAGCAUCCCGCCACCGAGACGCAGCCGGCCAGGCAGACGAGGACGCAGCCGAAGACUCAGCCGAAGACUCAGACGCAGACACCGAGGAAGACUCAGACACAGACACCGAGGAAGACACCGAGGAACACGAAGACGAAGACGCCGAGGAAGACUCAGACACAGACACCGAGGAAGACACCGCGGAAGACGAAGACGAAGACGCCGACGAAACUGCCGUAUUCACGUGCGCGCUCUGUGGUGCAACCCAUGCCAGACUCGCGACGCACCGGCAGCAUCAUCGGAUGCGCCAUGUGGGCUUGACCUGCAUAUAUCCAAACUGUGGAAGCACUACUGCGACAGAGGAACAGAUGAGAGGCCACAUCGAAACCUCCCAUAUCAACUCUACGAUCGUCGUUGUCAAUGGACAAGAACGCUUUGUUUAUCCGUCUUCUACCACCAGACGGCCACUUGAAAGCGUUGAUCGACUUGCGGAAACGGCAUCCAAGACUGUCAACCUAGUCGACCUCGGUAGCAUGGGCAGUCAGUUGCGAGAAUCGUUUUUCGUGCUCCGGGAAUAA